UGAACAGAUUCAGAGCAGCAGCCUACGAGAGGCACUGUUCUAUUCCAGCAGCCUUUCUGCUAAAGGAAGUAAUGUGAUUUGAAGAUGCCAACCCCUUGGCAAAUAUGCUGCAAUAAAAUGUCCAGAACUGAGAAUGCAAGAGCUGAAAUGGACAAUAUGGCAGAGACAAGUGAAAAAAUGCAGAUGAAAAAAGAAAUCACAUUACUAAAUGGAGUUUCUUUAAUUGUAGGGAACAUGAUUGGCUCUGGUAUAUUUGUAUCACCCCGAGGUGUUUUAAUGUAUAGUGCUUCCUAUGGACUCUCGCUGGUUAUCUGGGCACUUGGUGGGAUUUUUUCCCUGUUUGGAGCUUUGUGUUACGUUGAACUGGGAACAUCCAUCAUGAAAUCUGGAGGCAGUUAUGCCUAUAUUCUGGAGGCAUUUGGGGCCUUUGUGGCCUUCAUCCGACUCUGGUCUUCCUUGCUAAUUAUUGAACCAACAACUCAGGCCGUGAUAGCAAUCACAUUUGCUAACUAUAUUGUUCAGCCAAUUUUUCCCCACUGUGAGCCACCGUAUGAUGCAGUCAGGUUCAUUGCAGCUGCGUGUAUAUGUUCCUUAACAUUUAUUAACUGUGUUAAUGUAAAAUGGGGUACCCGUGUACAAGAUGUUUUCACAUAUGCAAAAGUCAUGGCUCUUAUCUUGGUGAUAUCUGUUGGCCUUUACAAAAUUGGCAAAGGGGAAAUCGAAAACCUGAGAGCUCCGUUUGAGGGCUCAGCAACAAGCCCAGGGAUGAUCGCCCUGGCUCUCUACUCUGCCCUCUUCUCCUACUCAGGAUGGGACACGCUCAACUAUGUCACCGAGGAAAUGCAGAAUCCUGAGAGGAACCUACCUCUUUCUAUUGCAAUUUCAAUGCCUGUUGUAACUAUUAUUUACUUAUUGACUAAUAUAGCAUACUAUGUAGUGUUGGACAUGUCAGCUCUCCUCACAAGUGAUGCGGUGGCUGUGACAUUUGGAGGUGAAACCCUUAGUCAUGCCAAGUGGAUAAUUCCUAUAGCAGUGGCCAUGUCUUGCUAUAGUGGCUUAAACUCAUCAAUUAUUGCAGCAUCUCGGCUUUUCUAUGCUGGAGCCAGAGAAGGACACCUCCCUGUCAGUCUGAGCUUGAUUCACAUAAAGUGCUUCACACCAGUCCCUGCUCUUCUGUUCAAUGGCUUAAUGACUUUGCUUUAUCUCCUUGUGGAAGAUGUUUUCCUCCUUAUUAAUUACUACUGCUUCAACUACUGGCUCUUUGUGGGUCUAUCUAUUGCAGGACUAAUAUAUCUGAGAUAUACUCAGCCACAUAGACCACGGCCUGUUAAACUUAGCCUCUUCUUCCCUAUAGUAUAUUGUUUGUGUUCCCUAUUCCUGAUUAUAGUGCCUCUCUACAGUGACACAAUCAAUUCCCUUAUUGGCAUUGGUAUUGCCCUCUCAGGCAUCCCUGCAUAUUAUUUGGGAGUCUACCUGCCAGUUGAAAAACGACCUAAAUGUCUACUUUGGCUCUCUGCUACAACGACGAAGUAUGUUCAGAUGCUCUUCUACUGUGCUCUGUCAGACCUGGACAUAGACGUGGAACCCAAAGCAGCUAAGAGCAAAUAGAGUUGCCUCAACACUGAGAAUUGUGCCUUGAACUCUCCUAUCUGGAUCAAUCUUUAUCAUCUGAAGUUCUCCCCAUAUUUUCAGUCAUACUAGAGCACUAACCACUGUACUGUGCAUCAGUUUGAUGUCAGUUAAAUUGUGAUGGUUUUAUAAAACACU